UCACCGGAGACCCGAUCUUUUAAAAUUUUUCUCCCUUCUUCUUCCCCACCUAUCCACACGAUUCCAGCUUCUUUUAUAAAUCCUCCGUCCAUAGCUACUCCCGAAACGAACCCCAAUCACGCAAUAACAGAAGCAGAAGCAGAGCACCCCUUCUUCUUUAAUUGCGCCUGCCCAUCGCCCACUCCUGGAUUCCAGUGAUAGGACGGCUCGAGGUGCCGCCCAUUUCGACAUGGCUCCUCCUCCCAAACCGUUAUUGUAGUGGUAGCAGCAGUAUUCGGUGCAAUUCUUUAGUUGUUUCUGUUUCUGUUUCUGUUUCUUGUCUGCUUGGGCGGUGCUGGUGCGUUAAUGGCGGUUGACCUCAUCCGCCUCCUCCCCCUCAAUCCUUUAAAUCGGGCGGGAAGCGAAGCGUCCGUGGUGAGAUGAGGCACAGAGCCCGUCCCUUUUCUUGUUUUCACUAGCCAUCUCUCUCCGUGUUGAUCAAGCCAUCGAGAGACGACCCUUCUGCUCCGUGGCCUCUGUUCUUGCAUUUCUCCAGCCUCUAAGCCAUGGCGUCGGAGACGAAGGCCCUCGUCGCGAGGAAGGGCAGGCUGAGGCAGCGCUACGACAACGAGUACCGCCUCGUCGCGGGGUGCGUGCCGUACCGCGUGACCACGGACGGGCAGCCGGAGGUGCUCAUGGUCUCGACGCCCAACAGGGACGAUCUCGUCUUCCCCAAGGGCGGCUGGGAGGACGACGAGGACGUGUACGAGGCGGCGUGCCGCGAGGCGCUGGAGGAGGCCGGAGUCAGGGGCACCAUCAAUAGAACCACACUGGGGCUGUGGGUGUUCAGGAGCAAGAGCAGCCAGGACAGCGACAGCCCCCGGGGCGCUUGCAAGGGCUACAUCUUCGCGCUGGAGGUCGCCGAGGAGCUCGACCACUGGCCGGAGCAGGACACCCACGGCCGGCAGUGGGUGAGUCACGCAUCUUCUCCUCGGUUGAUCACGUCUCCCCGGCGGACGCGUACCGCCUCUGCCGGUACGAGUGGAUGCGCGAGGCGCUGUCGGCUCUGCUGGACCGCCUGCCGGUGAUCUGCCACUGCCAGACGCCGGAGAAGGUGAAGCCUACGGCGCCGAACUUGAACGAGCGCGCUGGCAUGUACAUGAUGAUGAAAGCGGCAGCGACCGCGGAUCGAGCGGUGGCGCUCUGCUGAUCAAUGUACGUUACAUGGGUGACUGACGGGUGCGAGCUAAUCGGCAGCGGAAUCGUCUUAUCACCCUUUCCUGCAUCCAUUUUUUUUUUCUCCUUCAAACUUGUGAGUUUUCUUCUUGGUGCAUCUGCAAAUGCUUCCUGACAGUGGUGCCUGUGAAAGCUCCAACCCCUAUAUGGAGGCAAUGCUUGUGAACUUGUGUGAUCCACCACCCAGUGUCUGCUACUGGGGUGCCAUUGUGUACCACUAGGGCUACAAGUACUAACCCGUAUAAAUAUGCUUUGUUUAGUGUACCGGAGUCGAUUCCUAAAUCAUAUGAAUAAUUGUGAAUACAGAUUUCUUA